AUUGUGCGGCUGAGAGAUACGGCGGCAUUCUGGUCUCACUUGCCUCGAGCUUACUUUGUAGCUGCAAGAGUUCUCGACUUCUUUCAUAGCAGCGAAAGCCAGAAAAUUUAUGAUCAAAUUGACGACAGAUAGGGGGAAAAAUGUGUUCUUCAGUUCUUAAUGUUCAGAACUCAUGUCCCAUUUCGUCUUACUCCCCAGAUUGCUUUCAUUUUCGACCCUUUGUUCUAAGCCAUUCCCAAUUUCUUUCGUUCAAUUCCUCUCUGAAGUUCAUGAAUCAGCCUUUGAGAUUCACUCGCGCCAAAAUAUCCAGAACCCGCAAACCUCGCUCUUCUUUUGUGGUUCUCGCGGUACAAUCGAAUUUCUUCAAAGUUCUGCAGACAACAUGGAAAGUUGGGAGGGAUGGAAUUGAGGCGGCUGCUAAUCUGGUUCCUAAUUCUAUACCAAGACCGGUAGCAAGGAUUUCUGUAACCUUUGUGGCAUUGAGCCUUGCACUUUUUGUUCUGAAGUCUUUCCUCUCUACUGCAUUCUUUGUACUGGCCACAAUGGGACUUGUAUAUUUCGCGUUCCUAGCAUUCAAUAAAGAUCAAGGGAGAACAGAAGUCAGAGACACCACCUCCAAACCCAUGGAGGAUCCAGUGGAAGAAGCCAGAAAAAUAAUGGAAAAGUACAAGUAGUGGCAUCAGAGUUUUUCACUCAAAGAAUUGUAGCUGCACAACUUCAUUAUGUAAUAUACACUAAGUAGUGGGCAAAUUCUACUUACUUUAAUAGUACUUCGUGUAAAAGCUUUCUUAAUCAAACUACACAUAAUAUAAUUUUUGAAUUCCUUUUGGAACUUUGUUCGUAAUUUUGUUAUC